AUGGCUAGAGGAAAUGACACAGAACCCACUGAUUUCACACUCCUGGGCUUCCUCCCUGAGUUCAGACACGUCACAGUGCUGGUCACCAUCAUCUUCCUGAUUUUCACAGCCGCCUUCACCAGCAACACUCUCCUGAUCGUCCUCAUCUGGCUGGACUCCCGGCUGCACACCCCCGUGUACUUCCUGCUCAGCCAGCUCUCUUUAAUGGACCUCACUUUGACCUCCAGCAUCAUUCCCAAAAUGCUCACCAACUUCUUCUCUGGAUGGCGGAGAAUCUCCUUCCUGGCUUGUGGGACUCAGAUUUUCUUCUCCCUGACGGUAGCCAUUGCAGAAUGCAUCCUCAUAACGUUCGUGUGCUUCGACCGCUAUGUGCCCAUCUGUAAAGCCCUCCGGUACACGGUCGUAGUCAGCCCCAGGGUUUGUCUGCAGAUGGUUGCCGUGGGCUGGGCUGGAGGGGCGCUCCCGUCCCUGGUCCACACUGCUUUCACCUUACAUUUUCACAUCUGCAGCCCCAGAGAGAUCCCCCACUUCUUCUGUGAAGUCAUGGCAGUCCUUAGGAUAGUCUGUGAGGGCAUCUUGGUCUACGAGAAGGCCGUGGUGGCGACCAGCGUCCUGGUUCUGCUGCUGCCCUUGUCCCUCAUCUUGUCCUCCUACGUUGUCAUCUUCCUGGCUGUGCUCUGAAUGAGCUCCCCAGAAGGCAGGAGCAGGGCUCUGGCCACCUGCUCCUCUCACCUCUGUGUCGUGGGGCUCUAUUUUGGUCCUGGGAUGUUUAUCUACAUGAGACCCAGCUCUGUCAAGACUCCAAAGCUGAACCAGGGUUUGUUUCUGUUCGGAACCCUCCUGACUCCUUCCCUGAACCCACUCGCCUACAGUUUCAGGAACAAAGAAGUUCUCGGUUCACUGAAAAAGUUGGUAGGGCCAUGUCGGGACAGA